CCACACCAGAAGUUUUACUCAGUACACCCAACAGAAAAGUCCAAAAAAGUACAUUAACCAAAAUGAAAGGAAGAAAGUCAUUCAUAGCUGAAGCAAAGCUGAUUCUCCAUCCCAAAGCUUAUUUUGUGUGAGAGCCUCAAACUGUUGUAUAUGAUAAUGGCGACUGCAAUUACAGUGCCUACCUAUCCGAGAAAUGUUAAGCUUUUAUCUUCUAAGUGUGUUGGUUCCAGAGUUAUAGCGCUGGGUCUUUGUGCAAUGUCUUACAAACCUACUAGUACUUUUGGGCACAAGCUCAAUUCUCGCUGCUGUUUCUUCUGUAUGCCUGAACCUCUUCUAGUCAACAAUUUCAAGAGGAUUUCAUGGUCUGUCAGAAGCAGUGUAGAUAACAGUGGGUUAGACCCAUCUCCAACAAAUGGCACUACAGGCACAACAAGAUUAAUUAGGGUUAUCCAAGCUAUUCAAUCCAAGUUAGGUGCCAGAAUUGGAGAGAUAAGGAGAGGUUUACCUGUGAAAAUACUUUUCUUCCUAGUCGGUUUCUAUUGUUCAACUGCUUAUGCUACUGUUAUUGGGCAAACGGGAGACUGGGACAUUCUCUCUGCGGCCUUGGCUGUGCUUAUUGUGGAGGGGUUGGCUGUGCUUAUUGUGGAGGGGAUUGGGGCCCUCAUGUACAAGGCUUCUCUUCCUUUAUUGAAGAAGACUAAAAGCCUGAUAACCAAGUUUAAUUAUUGGAAAGCUGGGCUUGCGAUGGGUCUUUUCUUGGAUUCGUUUAAAUAUGAAGUCAAUGACAUUUUCGGAUUCAGUAACCCCUUCAGUUUUGUACUAGAUGCAUUUUCAUUAUUCCUUUAACAAAUGGCUCUUUCAAAUGCUGCUUACAGAUGUUUCAUUUUUCAAGGAUCGAGAAAUGUGAUUGGUAAACAUAGGUUGACUUGACUACAAUGGUGGAGGAACAUGGUGAACCCUUUUCACUAAAUUGAAGAGCUCAAAAGUUAAUGGGUUGAGAGUUUGAGACAGUGAAAAGUGGCCUUCUUGCUUGUGUUUAACAAAAUACUGUAGCUCCUGAAAACAUUAGAACUUUCUUCUGAUGACUGAACUCUCUUCACUUGAGCUUAUGAUGAAAGUCUGCUCCUUUUGUUCACUAUGUUCGAAAUAUAGUUACAGCAUAUAUGUUUCAUUCUGUUGGAGGCAGCAGAAUAAAAAAGUAAGAUAAGCAGGACUGAAGCGAAGGAAUUGCAACUUUUCAAAGUGGAUAGUAAUAUGUGCCUCCAGUCCAGCUGCUUACAAUAGUUCCCUGUCCAUUCAUCUGGAAACAGCAAUUGGUUGAAAUGAUAAAUAGUGUUGUUGGAUGGAAACCCUUCGGUUAUGUGGGAAGAUGUUGGUGAGAAGAUUAUAGCAUACUUCUUAUCCUUGUCUAUUUUCUAUUUCCUUACGAGUUGUUCAAUAAGAUUUUGAACAGGUCAAGAGAGUAUGCAUCCCUUUACCAGGUUUCAUUGAUAGCCAGCUAGGAGAUUUCUCCCAAGGCACACUCAAGGGCCAAGCAUUUCCCUUAUCAAGUGUUUUACUGGUUUUUUGUGGCCAUUUUGUUAGGAGUGCAGCGAAGGGAUGGCUAUUUUCUAAGCAGAUCAAGCUAUGUGUCUCCAGUGGAUAUAAAACUUGUGAAUGAUAUUGUUCCGACUAGUCUGGAAAUACUGUUAAUCAAUAAAUAUAAGAUAGCUAUAGGUGUUUAGUAUACCACGUUUUGUUCUCGGUAGUUGUGUAUAGUUAUAAAGCUACAUGCUUACAAUAGUUGGGACCUUUUAUAUAACAAGAUCAUUGUAUACUGUACUCAUCUCUCUUGGUUCCAGAAGUCUAAUAAAAAUGUCUCAUUUUUCAUUGAUCAA